GGGAGGGCAGGGGAGGGGGCACGCCCUGAGGAGCCUGUGCCCCCAGGGGCAUCAUCCAUUAUGCCAUGGUGACCAGGAAGCUGCCCUUCAAGGAGCGCCAGACCCACCGCAUGCUGCACCUGAUGCACCAUGGCCCCACCUUCGGGCCGGGCGUGUCCCCAGGCUGGUAAAUGGACCACAGCAACCAGGGGACAGGGAAGCUGGGCUGGAGGACGCCCCGAUUCAGACUCCUUGCCUGGAAAGGCAGCGGCCCCACCGAGCUCUGCACCAGCCCAGGGCACGCUGCCUUCCCUCUCUGUGCCCUGAUCUCACGAAGAGUGCCGGGACCUGAUCCGAUCCGGGGCCUGCUGCAGCUUCGCCCGUGCGCGCGCCUGGGCCUGCAGCAGGUGGCCGCGCACUGCUGGAUGCUGCCCGCCCCGCACGCGCUCUCUGGCACCACGCUCAGGAUGCCGCCAGAGAAGCCAGCUAAGCUUGAGCACUCGGAGCCUGGCAGAGACUCGGAGCCUCCGAGGCGGCGCCCCGGCACUGCUUCUGGGCCUCCGCCUGGGCCGUAGAGGCCGACCCAAGAAGAGGUGCAGGCUCUGCCCAGCUGGGGC